AUGGGCUUCCACUCAUCGUUCUAUCGAUCUCUGCCGCUGUUACAUGUCUUAGUUGCUACGGCUGAACUACUUUGCAGCUUCACAUUAUUAGUGUUAUUUAGUUCUUAUCCAACAAUAUUUUUUAAAAAUAGCCAAGAUGAAACAAGUGAGACAUCAUUAUUCGAAGGAAGCCUUGGCAUAGCUACAACAGUCUUAUUUGUUAUUGGUUUAUUACGUACUAUAUUAAUCUUUCUUAUUCUUGGUAAUUUCUUAUGUUUUAAUAUUUCUUGCUUCUGUGUACUAUUUUCAAAACAUUAUCGACAACGUUGUUACGCAUUGUGCUGUUCAAAAGCAUUUCAACGAUUUCUGACAUUCAAUUGUAACUGUCCAUGUUAUCGUGCACGUCCAAAACUGCGUUUUCGAUUACAACUGAUAUUUCUAAUUUUUAUGACGUGUAUGCGUCUAGUAACAAUAAUUUUAGGUUUUACAGCUAAUAUACUCGUUACAAAGACUGAAGCUGUCAUUAUACUCAUAUCAUUUCCAUUCUUGAUCUUAACUUUUCUGUUAGAUUUUUAUCAUUUUCGUAUGUGGUGGCAUUAUACACCGGCAAUUGAUCAACAGGAUUCAAAAACAUUAUCAAAAAAACAUAAAAGAUAUCUACCCCAUUAUCUAUUGGGUGUGAAUCGAACUGGACAGCAUGGUGAUAAACUUUGUAAAGAAGAUACUGCAUGUACAAAUCGAAAACUGGAACACAUAGUUAUGUUUCAUUUAAGUGAGUAUCAACCACAACCGAGAUGGGCUGAGUUAAAACGAUUGAAUCCAGCUAUUGAUACAUAUAUUGGAUUUGCGAGCAUCCAUUAA